UGCUGGGAGUUCACAGAGGAAUUCAUUAGAUCUACACUUGUCCAUGAGUUGCUGGCCUGGUGUUGGAGGGCUGGUACAAGCAGGCAUGACCAGAGUAGUGGAAUGAGCACGGUACAGUCACUAGGUCGGGCGUCAUGGGUCACUAGGCACAGCAAGCCCUGCUGGAAGAACCAGCUUGAGUAUGAAAAGCGGAGUAAGCGUGCUGCACUUGAAUUAAACAGCACAUGUUACAGCUCAAUAGUGGCUGUUCAAUACACCAGGACUCACAGUGCUGUAUGCUGGGACGUACGUACGUGUUAUGGGGUGUUGACACUGCUGCAGUUGGGCUUGGCUUUGUAUUGAGACAGUGUAGCUUGUGCAGCACACUGUAGACUGUCAGGUGUAGCGGAUACAUUAUCAGCAGGUUGUGGGGACCAUCAGAAAAUGGCCCAAAGCAGGAACAAGACUGUACAAGGACAUGAACAUAUGAAGGAAACAAAACAAUAGGACAGAAGACUAAUAGAAAAUCCUCCCAAUGAAGGACGUCACAUGACCAGCUGAGAUUUGCGGCCAUAUUACAAACAGAACAAGAUGGGUGCAGUAAACAGUUGCUGCAUACCUCGACGAUCGUUCGAGGAAUGCAGGGAAAACAAGAUCAGCACACCACGUGUCAAAGGUCAUCGACGCAAUUUAAGCGCUACAUUUAAUUUUUCAUUCGGUGACGAUGAUAGCGGGGAUACAAAUACCACCUUGCUUAACAUCAAUGUGGCUACGGAGGAAGAGCUUAUGACAUUGCCGGGGAUUAACAGAUCAACGGCACAAAAUAUUAUCGACUACCGAAGACAGAUUAGCAAUUUCAAGAAAAUUGAGGACCUUGCCUUGGUAUCGGGAGUUGGUGCCACAAAAUUAAGUCAUAUUCGAUCCGAGAUUUGUGUCAGUAGUAAACGUACUCCCAGCUUACACAGCAAUUCACCAGAUGGCAGUAAGUCGGAUCUGAACAGCAGCACAACGUCAAGCUACCGUGAGAGGAAGAAAACAAACGGGAUGUCCCCUGUCAAGGUCAACGUGAACUCCGCCAAUGUCUUCCAGUUGAUGAAGGUCAAAGGUCUUGGUCAGAGUCUUGCUGAAAAUAUUGUGAUAUAUCGUGACAAGAAGGGUCCGUUUAAGUCUAUCGAUGAUCUAGUCAAGGUGAAGGGCAUUGGCCCCAGUAUACUCAGUGCAAUACAGCAUAGUUUGACAUUAGAUGACAGCGAUGCUGCCAAGAAACCGUCUAGUGUGUACAUAAACGGAGGAUUGCCAAAUAAUAGCAAUACUGAUAGCCAUUGUGAAUGUAAUGAUAUUGGAAGAAAUAGUUCCAGAGCUUCCAUGGAUAACUUGGUGGAUAUACUCGGUCCGCUUUCCAAGAAACCCUUUCGGGCGGAAGUAGUGCCAUUUAAUUUUAAGUGGAAAAACAGACGAGUGUUUCGUAUUGCCAGUUGGAAUCUUGAACAGUUUUCUGAGGAAAAAAGCAGGAAUCCAGGUGUGCAGGAAGUGGUGGCCUUGACCUUGCUGGAAAAUGGGUUUGGUAUUGUAGCGCUCCAGGAAUUAGCCAGUGAAAAAGCCUUAGAAAGAAUCUGUGAUGAACUCAACACUCCUACAUCAGCGAACAACAAGAAGUGGGCAGGUCACCGUGGCAACUGGAGGUGUUCAGUCUCAGAAGCCACUGGAAGGAUGUACAGAAGCAUGGAGUACAAUGCGUUUUUGUACGACACAUCACAGAAUAUUGAGCUAGUUAGCUGCUCUCUGUUGAAGAAACCAGAGUCAGGAACAUUUCCCUUUGUGAGGCGGCCGUUCUUGGGGGUGUUCAAGAUAAACAAGAAGUUUGACUGUGUGGUGGUCAGCGUCCAUCUGAAGGCAGCAGGACUGCAGGAUGAAGCGCUGGACAAGACAAAACAGGAAGUCCGCCAAGUCCCGGCCCUCAUUUCUGCAAUAGAGCAGCAGGUUCCAGGAGAAAAUGACAUCAUCAUCGUAGGAGAUUUCAACCUGUCCCCAGAUUCUGAAGACUACAAACUGCUGACCUCAAAUGGCUACACCCCCUGCAUUCCUGCCACCACCCCCACCAACAUCAGCAACCGUAACCCCGACGGAUCCCGCUGUUACGACAACAUUUGGAUCAACAGACACACCAAAGAAGUGUAUACAGGUCGUUCCAGUGUUGUUCGUGAUGGCCUGUCCAACCCAUGGAUACCAAAUGGCUGGUCAUGGGGUGGUGUUGUGAGUGACCACUGCCCAGUGUUCACAGAAAUCUGCAGCAACAAAGAUUUGGACAAUGGAAACAUAAAUGCUGGAAUGGAUAGUGUUGUUUUCACUGUAGGGGGAGGCGACUCUUGACACCAGAAAAUAGUAUGAUGUGUAAAAAGCUGUCGGCGCCAGCUAUUGUGAAGUAUUAUGGAAUGAGAACAGACAGCUUGGGAGAACAUGCUGUCAGGGGAGACGACUCAUGUCUGAGACCUGCAAAUUACAUUUCAGAGUUGUCUCCCUGAACAAUUGAUUGGUCAAGGAUACCGGUAAUUUAAUGUCAUGAUGAAGAUAUUUGCACGUUUUGAUUGAUGUAAUAAAUGAUUUGGCAAUACUCAGACUGAAUAUAUUUGAAGAUUUCUGAGACAACCCAGCCAGCCUCGAAUUCACUCACGGUCCUCAGGGAUGAAGAUGUGUGCACCCAAGAUCCAGUGAGACUGACACUUGGGGUUCUGAUGAUAUUCAGGAGGCAACUGCUUCAAGUUAUGACUCCUUGAGACCCCUUGUUCAUCUAACAAUAGAGGCAUGGAUUAUCAUGACCCUUUAUUUAUGGGAGACAAAAAUUGUAAGAUUGCCUUUUAUUCAGCCGACUGUUGUGAGACAUGUUACAUGUUUCCAGUAGCUUUCAUCACCAUCAUUGUUUUUUACUCAGAUUGUAGUAUUUUUCAAAUUGAGAAACUGGCAGCAAAAAGCCGUUCAUUUUGGUCAUUAUAUAUUUCUAACAUUGCUACAGACAGUGUAUAUUUUUCUGUGUGUCUAAUAAUUAGACAGUGCAAAAAUAUUUCUGUUAAUGAUUGAGACCCUCUUCCCUCCUACCCUUCAAAAGCCGAGAUGAGUGAAUGAAACUAUCACGGAAGAUUUGUAAUGUGUUUUCAAGAGAUAAUCACAGCAGAUUUUCUUGAUCACCCUCACACCACAAAAUAUGUUGAACUUCCUGAUUCAAGUUACCAAACCAGACUUUUGCCUUUUUUCCUAUUUUUUUUAACAGAUUGUUGGCCAAAACAUUCAAGUCAGUAGGUCGAAAAAUUUAUUAAUAAAAAGCUUCCAAUUUCAAUUGUAUAUUUUUUAUUUCCUCAAAAUGCUAUGUAGAUAAAGGAGGAAAUGGGAGGAAUAGGGAAAGAAACAGUUACAAACAGCAAGGCUGGAUUGGCUGUUUAAUGCAAAAAUAGAUUAUUCUUAAGUUUUUGAUAGGCAUUUAGAAGUGAUACACAUAAGGAAGAGAAUUUAUGGAUGUCAACUUCUUUAUUAUGAGGAACACAACGUUUCGGAGUAAAUGCUUACUCCGAAACGUGUUUGUCACAAUAAAGAAGCUCUCAUCAAUAAAUUCUCCUCCUGAGAUUAUUCUUGUAACUGUUAACCUGCUUUUCAAUUUUUUUCACAUUUCAAUUUUGGGAGUCAUAAACCCAGUUUUAAGAAAGUCUUGCCUUCUUGGAUCGAGUGUAAUUCCCUCAUGUCAAGUUACCACUUUGCAAGACUGAAAAUAAACCUUUCAUCUUUGUUGAUACCGGUCAAGGUCAAGGUUAUGUUUGGUUCCCUAAGGACCCCUUCUCCAGGUGCUGGAUUGAUUGUUGUUGUCAAGAUUGACAAGAUUUUGUUUAUCAAGUCAUUGUAUUUUUCUUAGCUCAUUAUUUAUUCAUUUAUCAGUUUCUUGUGCAGGGUAUUUGUUCUGAGAUUAUAAAUAUAUUUUAUUAAUAUGAUCUUGGGGUCUUCCAUGGACAGUCUUGCAUUUGUUUUGAGACAAGUUUACAACAGUAUGUCAUAUAUGAAAAUAUUCAUGUAAUAAAAGCCAAAGUAUGAAGUGCUAUAAGUUAAUUUGGGAAAAUAUUCUCAAAAACAAAUUAAUAUCUUUUUUUUAUUUCAGUUUGUAUUAAUGGCAUUGAGAAUGGACAGCAGUGUUGAAGUGUUUGUGUAUUGGUCUAUGAAAUAUGUCUCAGUCAAUGUCAAUGGUAUUCAGAGUUUUCAUAGUGAGAACCUGUUCAUUAUGACACUAUAUAAAGAAGGUGACAAUUAAACACAAAAGCAGCUGCCAAAUGUGUCUGUUACAUUGUUGCACAGCACAUGCACAAAACAGUUAGGUAUCAAUGUGUGAAUAUGUGAAAGUCUUUUCCUGCAACUUCGAGAUGUUGUUGGAUACAAAUAGCCCAGUGGUAUGAGGCACAGCAGCUGGCUGUGCAGAGUUGUGUCCCUUAGUCAUGACACGAUCUGCUGUUUUGGGUUCAAAUCCCAGAUUAGUGUCUCAUGAUUUCACCAUGUCCAUGUUCAUGGGUUUCUCCAACGUUGUUUACAUGACCUGCAUCACUUUGAGAAUCCCACUCACAUUCAUCCUACAUGCCGCCAUAUAACUGAAAUACUGCAUAGCAUUAAACACAACUGACUGUUUGAUUGAGUCUUGCUGCUAUCACUACCUUACAGUAGGGACCUGUGAAGAUGAUUCCGGAUAGACUAGGUCUUCAGCAACCCACGCUUGCCGUAAAAGGUGACUAUGCUUGUCGUAAAAGGCGACCAACGGGAUCGGGUGGUAUGGCUCGCUGACUUGGUUGAUGCAUGUCAUCGAUCCCAAUUGCGUGGAUCGAUGCUCAUGACAUUAAUCACUGGAUUGUCUGGUCCAGACUCGAUCAUUUACAGACCGCCGUCAUAUAGCUGGAAUAUUGCCGAGUGCGGCGUUAAACAACAAACCAACCAACCAAACCAACCUUACAGUAGGCAUGGUAGGAGUUGACAGGGAGGGAGACAUCAGUCUUUGAUUGUAUGGGCUGUGGAUUAGAAGCAGUGUUUCCUCUAGCCAGGGCCCUGUUCCACCAAACGCUCUUAGUUGUAAGUUGAUCGUCACUCCCAUGCUUUGACUUACGAUCAUCGUACUGCUAAGAUCCCUUUGUUGAAUAAGGUCCAGCAAAAGAAAAUAAAAUGUAUGGCCUAAUCUACCUAGUGUCAUUUUCACUGAGAAAAUGCACACAACUAGUUCAACUGGUUAUAUUACUGUGAGACCCACCCUCUGGAAAGGGAGAAACAUGGUGGGUGUAUAAUGCUUCUAAAUCGGCUUGUUUUCAUUGUAAUAAUUAUUCAAGAUUUCUCGGUGAAAGAUAUAAACUUGACAACUGUUUGUUAUUUUAAGCUCUCUAUGGACAUGUUUGACCUGGAACAAUACAAAUAGACGAGGUCAGAUACAUGACCAUGAGAAUAAAGGUAACUGACACCAUAAUUGUCCUAUCCUCAAUCAUCCAAUGUGUUAUGUCUUGUAAUGAAAAAUACACAGGACCCAAUCGGCACCAUACCUUUGUUCUGGAAGUGCUGUCACCAGCUCCAUCUUUUAGCACUAACUUAGCACAGAAUUUCUCUCGCUCAUGAGCUUUACCUUCCCGAGGCAAGCAUGUCCACUAGCCUACUGGGUAUAUCAAAGCCUAGUUUCUACCCUUGCCACAUCAAGACCACUUUUCUUGGCUCGACCCUGGCGCCACCUCACGUAGAUCACGAGUUGUGGUAUCCACAUGGUAUCCAAUCAGAUUGAUGUUCUUAUCUCAUAUAGCUUCACAAAAAUGGCGACUACCAUAGGCGACAGCCUCGUACAACAAAAACAUUUGUGAUUUCAUCCCUGACACAAAAAAUAGGCAAUCAUUGGGGGUUUAAAAGAUGAAAAAGACAUUUUCGUGUCCUCAACGACAGGCAGCGGUAAAUCACUUUCAUACGAAGGUGUACCAGUCGUGGAUGUUGAUUUUGUUAAAUGUUCUCUGAUCGGACUAUCAAUAUUUGCGAUAGUCCAAUCAUAUUUAGCACAGGAAUGUGGGCUUGAUGCGGCAAGGGUGGAAAUAAGACUUUAAUAAAAAGGCUAGUGGAUGCUCUUGCCUCGGGAAGAUGAUGAGCUUGAAAUCGAACAACAUAAAAUGUCUCUUCUGAACCGAGUUUGCCAUAGAUUGACAUUCAAAAUCAUGGUCCCUUCCAAGAUAUUAUAUUAAAUCACAAGACUCACAAAUAAUUUUUUUUUUUGAUUUUUCUUCCGAGU